UGCUGUCUACCUCUCCACUCUGAGCUGGAGACAGAGAUCCAAGCACCCUGAGGCUCUGAGUGUGGGAGACACAGCUGGAGUGGGAACCAUGUUGCUGUGCUCUUUGGCUUUCACCCUCAUCUUGAUGGCAGUUUCUGGCAUCAUGUGCAACAGAACAGAGUAUUGUGUUGGAAGCCCUGGCAUCCCAGGGACUCCUGGAUCUCAUGGCCUGCCCGGUAGAGAUGGGAGAGAUGGUGUGAAAGGAGAACCUGGACCGCCAGGGCCCAUGGGGCCCCCUGGAGGAAUGCCAGGUUUCCCCGGGUGUAAUGGUAUGAGUGGAAUUCCUGGUGUCCCUGGAGAACGUGGAGACAAGGGGGAUCCCGGUGAGAGGGGCCCACCAGGGCUUCCAGCUUCUCUGGAUGAGCAAAUCCAAACCAUUCUCCAUGACUUUAAACAUAAAAUCCUGCAGUCAACAGGAGUCCUCAUCUUGCAGGGGUCCAUGAUGGCAGUGGGAGACAAGGUCUUCGCCACUAAUGGGCAGUCAGUUGACUUUAAUGCCAUUAAAGAGACUUGUGUCAGAGCAGGUGGUGACAUUGCUGCUCCAAGGAGUCCAGAGGAGAAUGCAGCCAUUGCCAGCAUUGUGAAGAAGCAUAAUACUUACACGUAUCUGGGCCUGAUGGAAGGCCACACCAUUGGGGACUUCCGCUACCUGGAUGGGGCCCCUGUGAACUAUACUAACUGGUACCCAGGGGAGCCCAGGGGUUGGGGCAAAGAGAAGUGUGUAGAAAUGUACUCAGAUGGGACAUGGAAUGACAGGAACUGCGUCCAAUACCGACUGGCCAUCUGUGAGUUUUAAGCAGGACCUGAGCCCAAAGGAUAGGUUAGAUCCUGCCUUACCUUUCACCUUUCAUCCUCCAUCCUGAGUGUCCCCUUGGUUUAUGACAUGCUGAAACUCCUUCCCAACCAGAUUGAUUUGUAGCUAUUAAAUAAAGCCAGAUGUGUCCUUAGUUCCUUCAUUCCCUAGAUUGCCCCUGACUUCUCCUUAAUAAUCAUCAGUCCAUCUUGACACUCCCUUCGAGCCCCUUGGUAGUAUACAAGGUGGUCACUCCCCAGUCUUGACCUUCAGUGUGAGAUGGAGACUUCCUUUUUCCUCAUCUUGUCCAGUUUUUUCAUUUAAAAAUAGCAACAGUGAGGUCCCAGAAAGGAAGGGCCCUCUAAAAUUACAUACAGAGUGUCUUUCUCUGCCCAGUCCCAUCAAGAUUUACCAGUCCUCAUUAAACAUAAUGGUAGAGUGGGGAGACUUCUGGAAAAUUCCAAAUGAGAGGGCUGGGGAUUUAGCUCAGUGGUUCCGGUGCCUUCCUUGAAAG